GUCACGUCUGCGUUGUUACUUCUACUUCCUGAAGAGCAGAGGACCGAGCCUGCUGAAGACGCUUGGGGAGCCCAACCUAGGCCCAGCCCCCGAAAUUCAGGGCCCAGACCGUCUCUCUGAGACCGUUCCCACCCGUGCCGAAUUUGGAGCGAGCCCCGAAAACGACUGCAGGGACGGCUUGGCCACCCCACACCAUCCCUGAAGUCACUGCCCCAUCCAGCCUCCCUCCUGCUCCCCAUCUCCCUGACUUGGGAACUGGAAACGCUAGGAGUUUGGAUCUGCUCCCCAAAAUAUCGACGCCAGCUCUAGGAUAUGCGCUGCUGGGAACUGAAGACACCCUCUGCUACUCACUCCUCCCCCCUAAAAGACUGCAUUGCUAUUUCCCUCACCGAUCACCCAGAAAUCAGCCUCUCUCCCGCCAAUCUGUCGGCUGGAACCCUGAAACUUAAUCUUCAGGUACCCCAGGAAAAGUCCUCCGUACAUAUCUUGGAGUUCUCAGAAUCCAGCACUUCUGGACCAACAGUCCAGCUGUUUAUUUCACACUAGCUGGCCUCUGUCCCUAAUUUGGGUCAACAUUCCAAACCAGCUGAGGUGCACCCCAAACUGCUUUUUGUCCUUGAAACCAGCUACAGGGCUAUCCCGGGACUGUAUCCCCAAACUUCUCUACAUCCUGAAAAUAUUCUCUGCUACAAAUUUAUCAGGUGUGUGUCAGGGAGGCAGUUGCUGGGUACCCCUAAACUAUUCUUUACUUCGAAGCCAGCUGGUGUGAAUCUAUAAAUCAGUUCCUCCACCAUCCCCACCCCCAAACCCAGCCUCUCCCCAUCAGUAUAUCUCUCGUACUCCUCAAAAUUCCCCCUCCUCCAAUGCCCUCCCAGGCACCCUCUUUUGGGGGGCCUGUGACACUGAAUGUGGGGGGAACACUGUAUGCUACCACCUUGGAAACUCUGACUCGAUUCCCAGACUCUAUGUUGGGGGCCAUGUUCAGAGAGGGUGCAGCACUGCCACCCAACUCUGGUCCCCAGGGUAGCAACUACUAUUUUAUCGACAGGGAUGGUAAAGCCUUUCGUCACAUCCUCAAUUUCCUGCGCCUGGGCUGCCUGGACUUGCCUAGGGGAUAUGGGGAGACAGCACUCCUCAGAGCUGAAGCUGAUUUCUACCAGAUCCAACCCCUGCUAGAAGCACUCAGGGAAUUGGAGGUAACUCAGGGAACUGAAGUGAUCACAGCUGCCUUGCUCCAUGCAGAUGUGGAUGCCACCCCCCGAAUGGUCCACUUCUCGGCUCGUCGAGGUCCCCACCACUAUGAACUCAGUGCUGCCCGAGUUGACACCUUUAGGGCCAAUAUCUUCUGCACAGAUCCCACCUGUCUUGGGGUGCUUCGGACCCGGUUUGGAGUUGCUGAAGGGGAAGGAGAAGGAAGUCCCCAUUUCCGUUUGGAAUGGGCUCCCUGCCCAGAAGGGCUCCCAGAAGUUGAGUAUCGACGUCUAGGAUUGCAGCAACUGUGGGUAGUAGGAGAGGCUGGUGUGAAACGGGAGGUAGUAGGGACAUCUGGCUUCUUGGAGGAAGUGCUCCAGGUGGCUCUGGAACAUGGCUUUCGACUAGACUCUGUCUUCCCUGAUCCUGAAGACCUGCUGAACUCCCGAUCACUGCGUUUUGUCCGACAUUGAAGGAUAGUGACUUGGUUUGGGGGAGAAGGGAAAAAUCUAUAAAGUUGGGAGUGCAAUCCCUCCAUACUCCUCUUAAAUCGGUAAGAGACUUAGAACCUUCUAGAAUGACUUGGAAGAGGUAGAAGCUGUGAGAGUUAAGGGGGACUUCCAGUCUAUCUCUUGACUAGAGCUUCAAUAUGAGAAGAAAUAGAAGAUUGGAAAAUCACCCCUCCCCCACCCCCAACUUAGCAGAAAGGAUUUGAUCUGAUUACCUUUAAGGACGAUGAAAGUUUUUGGGGGGGCACCCUAUGGUCUUCCACUGGAGCUCAGACUUGAGAGAAAAGAAAAUAUAUUAAAGGGAUCCCAAGUUAGGGGUUGGGGUUUGGGAGGGGGGAGGAAGUGAGCUGUGGAAAUCCAAGUAUUAUCCAUAAACUUGGUGAAAUAAAUGCUGGUUGACUGACUGACUAAUGGGUGAUCUCAUACCCUACGCCACCCCCAUGUUUCAUGCUGAUAGGGAGUGGGGGAGCUUAGGUAGAAGGGGGUUUGGAGUCUCUUCCUCUGUCUGUCAGUGCUUUAUGUCUCUGAAUGGCAAUAGAAUCUGUUAUUUGUCUUUUGAUCUCUGACUUUGCUCCUUUCCCAGUCUUUUGGCUUGUCUAGGCCUGUUCUGGAGAAUACCUAUUUACAAUGUUGUUUGUUGUGGUGAAAUGAUUGGAUUGGCACAGGGUGUGUGCAUUUGUGUGAAUUCAGUGGACAGAUAGAAAAUUUAUUAUUGAAUCAUAGGGUGGCAUAUGACUAUGAUAUGACACAGCCCUUUGUCAAGGGGAGCAGAACCUGUCUCUGUGUAUCUCUAUCUCUAAGAGAGCCUGGAGGCAAAAGCUACUGGCCUAGUUGGGUUGAUGAGGCUAUUUUGUAUUUAUUGGUUGCUGUAGCAACCAUGAUCCUGAUGCUAGGUUUCAUUGUAGUGGGAGGCCCAGGCAGCCCCGGGCUGGAAGAGAAAUUUAAUUCAACAAACUUAUGAAGAGAGGAGAAGGAAAUGGAAUAUUUACUCUUCUAUUUUGCACAGAUCCUUUUUCAGGAGGAGUCACUAUUUAUUGUUUCAUGUCUAAUAAAUAAGAAAUGCCUAAAAAAUAAUAAAAGUAAAACCUUUUUAUACUGCAAA